AUGCCAACUCCAUUGGCUCGGGACUCGGCAGCGCACGACGACCUGCUGGCCAAGUGCUUCUCCCCGCUGGACCAAGAGGAGUUGCUCUCCAGGGCGGCACUGGUGAGCCGCCGCUGGCGUGCGGUCAGCACCAGGCCAGAGCUCGUGCGGAGCGUGAAGUUCUUGGGCAGCGAAUGCGGCGACGGCGCCGCCGCCGUGCGGGCUGCCCACUCGCUGCUGCGUUGGAUGCAGCGGCACGGGCAGGCGGUGCGCAGCCUUGACCUGGGCCUGGAGGUAUAUGUCGAGCUCAGCGCUGUUGUGCAGAACGAAAUGGUAUCCCUGCUGGACGGCUGUGUCAGCGUCUGUGCCGGCAGCCUGGAGUGCCUGGAGCUGCACCUAAGCGACUUCAACCACAUGCUUGGGUCCUGGGUGGCGGCUGCACACCGCCUGGAGGAUCUGAGGCUCUCAGGGCUGGCCUGCAUGACAGCCUGGGCCACCCUGGAGCACAUGGCCUCGCUGCAGCGCCUGGAUCUGUGGGCAGGGGAGUGGCAGCUGGGCACCGCCGUGGCGCUGCCCGCCUCGCUCACCCGCCUCAGCAUAGAUCUCCACCAGGCAGAAGAGAUGCCCGCCCAAGUGGCCGCCCUCACCAACCUGCGCAGCCUUACGCUGGAUUUUGUUCAGUACAGCGCAGCCAGCAUGGCCAGCCUGCGGCACCUGACCUCGCUCCAGCACGCAUCUUUCGAGUACUGUGAGCUGCCAGACAGCCUGUCGGAGCUGACUCAGCUGGAGGUGCUGAAAGUUGUCAACCCCCGUGGCGAGGCCUCCGCUGUGGCUGCCAGCCUGGACGGCGCCCUGCGGCGCCUCACUCAGCUGACGGGGCUGUGGCUGGACGGCAUGCCCGCAGCGGCCGUGGGCCUGGCAUUGUUGGCGCCGCUGGCCCACCUGCAGUGGCUGUACCUGCAGUCUCGGAACACACCGCAAGGGUAG